GAUUAAUGAAUAACAUGUCUUUAUUUGAUUUACUUAAAACUCUUUCUAAAAUGUUUAUAUAUCUGUCAUUUCCAGGAUUAACUUUGUAUUGCUUCCAUGGAUGGUUUAAUACUUUGUUGUUCCUUUCUUUCUUUCCUUUUUUUGUCUUUCCUUCUCAGUCAGUGCCCAACCCAAGUUCAAAGGCUGAUGAGAUAGCAAAACUCACGAGAUUUUACUCUAGGGAAAGUUGUUCAGUGGAUGGGAUCUUGGCGCUCGGAGAAAGAUGUCACGCUCCUCCUGGCUCCUUCUCAGUCUUAUUGCUGUAACUGCUUCUCAGUCUUCCAUCGAGGAAGUGGCCAAGACAUUUUUGGACAAGUUUAACCAGGAAGCUGAAGACCUGUCUUAUCAAAGUUCACUUGCUUCUUGGAAUUAUAACACUAAUAUUACUGAGGAGAAUGCCCAAAAAAUGAAUGAAGCUGGGGCCAAAUGGUCUGCUUUUUAUGAAGAACAGUCAAAGCUUGCCAAAACAUAUCCAUUACAAGAAAUUCAGAACCCCAUUCUCAAGCGCCAAUUGCAGGCCCUUCAGCAUAGUGGGUCUUCAGCACUCUCAGAAGACAAGAACAAACAGUUAAACACUAUUCUAAAUAAAAUGAGCACCAUCUAUAGCACCGGAAGAGUUUGUAACCCAAAUAACCCACAGGAGUGCUUAUUACUGGAACCAGGUUUGGAUGACAUAAUGGCUAAGAGCACUGACUACAAUGAGAGGCUCUGGGUAUGGGAAGGCUGGAGGUCUGAGGUUGGCAAGCAACUGAGACCGUUGUAUGAAGAGUAUGUGGUCCUGAAAAAUGAGAUGGCAAGAGCAAACAAUUAUGAAGACUAUGGGGAUUACUGGAGAGGGGAUUAUGAAGCACAGGGAGCAGGAGGCUAUAACUAUGACCGCAACCAGUUGAUUGAUGACGUGGAACGUACCUUUGCAGAGAUUAAACCAUUAUAUGAGCAUCUUCAUGCUUAUGUGAGAACAAAGUUGAUGAAUGUUUACCCCUCCCGUAUCAGUCCAACUGGAUGCCUUCCUGCUCAUUUACUUGGUGAUAUGUGGGGUAGAUUUUGGACAAAUUUGUACUCUUUGGUAGUUCCCUUUGAACAGAAACCAAACAUUGAUGUUACUGAUGCAAUGGUACAGCAGGCCUGGGAUGCAAAUAGGAUAUUCAAGGAAGCAGAGAAUUUCUUUGUAUCUGUUGGUCUUCCUAAGAUGACCCAAGGAUUCUGGGAAAACUCCAUGCUAACUGAGCCAGGAGACAACCGAAAAGUGGUCUGCCACCCGACAGCUUGGGACCUGGGGAAAGGUGAUUUCAGAAUCAAGAUGUGCACAAAGGUGACAAUGGACAACUUCCUGACAGCUCAUCACGAGAUGGGCCAUAUCCAGUAUGACAUGGCAUAUGCCAUCCAACCUUUCCUGCUAAGAAAUGGAGCCAAUGAAGGGUUCCACGAAGCUGUCGGGGAAAUCAUGUCACUUUCUGCAGCUACACCAAAGCAUCUGAAAUCCAUUGGGCUUCUGCCAUCAGAUUUUCAUGAAGAUGAUGAAACAGAAAUAAACUUCUUACUCAAACAAGCACUCACUAUUGUUGGAACACUGCCAUUCACAUUCAUGUUAGAGAAGUGGAGAUGGAUGGUCUUUAAGGGUGAAAUCCCCAAAGAGCAGUGGAUGAAGAAGUGGUGGGAGAUGAAGCGAGAGAUCGUGGGGGUGGUGGAACCUGUGCCUCAUGAUGAGACAUUCUGUGACCCUGCCACUCUCUUCCAUGUUUCUAAUGAUUUCUCAUUCAUCCGAUAUUACACAAGGACUAUUUACCAAUUCCAGUUUCAAGAAGCCCUUUGUAAUGCAGCUAAACAUGAAGGCCCCCUGCACAAAUGUGACAUCUCAAAUUCUGUUGAAGCUGGGCAGAAGUUGCUCAAUAUGUUGCGUCUUGGAAAAUCAGAACCCUGGACUUUAGCACUGGAAAAUGUAGUAGGAACAAAUCAUAUGGAUGUGAGACCACUGCUCAACUACUUUGCACCACUAUUUAGCUGGCUAAAAGACCAAAACAAGAAUUCUUUUGUGGGGUGGAACACUGGCUGGAGGCCCUAUACUGACCAAAGCAUCAAAGUGAGGAUAAGCCUCAAAUCAGCUCUUGGAGAUAAAGCCUAUGAAUGGGACGACAAUGAAAUGUUCUUGUUCCAGUCAUCUGUUGCAUAUGCCAUGAGAGAGUAUUUUUUAAGAAUAAAAAACGAGACAAUUCCUUUUCGGGAGGAGAAUGUGAAGGUGAGCAAUUGGACACCAAGGAUCUCUUUCACCUUCUAUGUCACUGCACCUGAAAACGCAUCUGACAUCAUACCUCGAGAUGAAGUGGAAGAGGCCAUCAGGUUGUCCCGGGAUCGUAUUAAUGAUGUUUUCCGCCUGAAUGAUAACAGCCUGGAGUUUCUAGGGGUUAAUCCAACACUCCGACCUCCUUACCAGCCCCCUGUCACCAUAUGGCUGAUUGCUUUUGGAGUUGUGAUGGGAUUGGUAGUGGUUGGCAUUGUUUUCUUGGUCAUUAUUGGGAUCAGAGAGCGAAGGAAGAGAACUGAAAUAAAAAGGGAAGACAAUCCUUAUGCCUCCAUGGACAUCGGUAAAGGAGAAACAAACCCAGGAUUCCAGAACAAUGAUGAUGUCCAGACAUCAUUUUAGAGAAACUCUUGUUUUUCCUGAGAUAAUUUUUACUAUAUCUAAAUUUUAAUUUCACAGGACAGAAAAAGAAAAUGAUAAGGAUAUCAUGAAAUAUCAAAAUCCUGGCUCUGUUCAGGAAACGUUGUCCAGAGACAACAUGACUGAGCAGUGAGCAUCAUUAUUGACAUUGCUUUCAGUAUUUAUUUCUGCCUCCAGACUUCUUCUCUUUCCUAUUAUGGAUCUUUAUCUUAGAAUAAAAUAGGCAAAGCAUAUGUCUGGCCUCACAGGGCUGUUGAGGGUUAAUGGAUGGUGGAAUAGAGGGGGAAAAGGCGAUAAUGGCUGCUGGAAGAAAGGAAGAUGUAUCAUGGGAGUAACUGUUGGACCUUAUUUCAAAUCUGUGGUUUCAGGGAUGGAGAAUGGUAAAUACUGUUCACAUUCAUUGAAUCCAAGUCAUUUGUUAUAGUCGAAUGGACCAUGAUUUCUUCACGAUGGCAAGUCUAAAGGAGAAAGAGAAUCCAGAGAUCAGGUAGCGGAGAUUGCCUGUCCUGGACAGCACAAACCUGACACAGGCGCUUCCAUGAGCUCAUGUGAGCUUGCCUGUUCGAAACUCACCACCAUUACUCUCUAUCUAGGAUGAGUGGAAAUUCCAGCUGAAUGUUCCCCCUCUCCAGUGGAUCUUUUGUAGUUACCCACAGUGUGUGAGGCAUGCUGAGCACAAAGUAGACAUUCAAUAAAUACUUCCUUGAUUUAUACACUU